GUUGCCGACUACGAGAGUACGAUUUCAUUCCAAGCUUACGAUCAGGAGUCGGCACCGAUGUCGUACCCGCUGUCGACUACAAAACUACGAUCUCUCACUUCCCACUUCCUAGAUUCCUACCUACGCUGCAGAAUCCUCGAGCGCGUCGUUCGUAAGCGACCGAGAGCGCGCGGUCGUGUCUAUGCCCGCCGCUCGAUCGUCGUCCCACGGGUUUCCCCUCCCAUGGAUCUCCUCUUCUCCUCAUCCCUCCCCCUCUCCCCCUCCCCCUCCCCUCCUCCUCCCCAAAUCCUCGCUCGAAUCGCGGUCCGAAACCCUAGGAUCUCCCUCAUGGCCUUCUCCGCCUCGCACCCGCGUCGGCGCCGCCACUCCGGUGGAGGGAGCUGGGUCGGCGGCGCAUCCUCGGCGAAGCCGCGAGUUCUAGCGACGUUUAUGGCUUCGAGGGACGGCACGGGGCUCCCCGAGGGGUUCCAUGGCGGAAUCGCGGUGGGAUCCGCGGUCACGGUUCUUCUAGCGGUCAUGAAUCGCGUUCUCUACAAGCUUGCACUCGUUCCCAUGAAGCAUUUUCCCUUCUUUCUCGCGCAAAUCACCACAUUUGGAUAUGUGGCAGUAUAUUUUUCUAUUCUGUACGUUAGAUAUCGUCUUGGAAUUGUAACUAAGGAAAUGCUGGCACUUCCAAAAACUCGUUUUAUGGCAAUUGGUGUUCUUGAAGCCCUUGGUGUUGCUUUAGGCAUGUCUGCUGGAGCUAUGCUUCCUGGACCUGCCAUUCCCAUAUUAUCUCAGUCUUUCUUGGUCUGGCAGCUUAUCUUCUCCAUAGUAGUUUUGGGAAGGAAAUAUUCACUCAACCAAAUCUUUGGUUGCUUCCUUGUAACAGCUGGCGUAAUUCUUGCGGUAGCAAGUGGUGCAAAUGAGGGUCAAUUUCUAUCUGAAGUUGAUUUUAUUUGGCCAGCACUCAUGAUACUUUCGUCUGCAUUUCAAGCUGGUGCAUCCAUUCUCAAGGAGUUUGUUUUUAUUGAUGGUGCCAAGCGUCUUCAGGGAAAGCCGCUUGACAUAUUUGUCGUUAAUUCCUUUGGAUCUGGGUUUCAGGCUCUUUUUGUUUUUCUUCUUCUUCCUUUACUUUCUAACUUGAGAGGAAUUCCUUUCACUGAGCUCCCUGCAUACGUAAAACAUGGUGCUGGAUGCUUUGUGAAUGUGGGAGGCAAUCUGAGAGAUUGUGAAGGAGCUCCAUUGCUGCCUCUACUAUUUAUUGUGAUGAAUAUGGCUUUCAACAUAUCAUUGCUUAAUCUGGUGAAGAUGUCGUCUGCAUUAGUAGCCUCUCUUGCAGCAACCUUAGCAGUGCCCACCUCCAUCUACAUUCUCUCUCUUCCGAUGGCUUACAUGCCCCAAGGGACGAGCUUAAACACAUCUUUCAUUGUUGGUACCGCAAUACUGGUAUUAGGCUUGUUACUAUACAACAUUCCUCAACCAGCAAAGCAGAUCAAAAGUGAUUGAAAUUUUAUUGCCUCCGUGUUCUGAAGUUCUCAGCAACUUUAUAAACUAACUACUCACAAAUCAAUUCCGGCUAACCGCAUCAAUGGGCAAUACCCCACAAGCUUGCACAUAAGGAACUCCAGUAUGUUUCGUUAUUUACUUCUAGAAACAAAGAAAGCGACAUGCUUCGAUCGUUCUGCAUAGAAAAGAAAGGUUACUACUUAGUUACCCAGAAGGUUCUGAUCAUUGUUGAACCUUUGUGGCCCUACAUUUUAUAAUUAGCUUUUGGCUUGACAUUUGUUAGAGAGACGGAAACGACAAGGACAUUAAGCUUUUGUAACUUAUUGAUUUUGAUUAAAGAUAUAAUUCUUUUGCAAAUAUUUAUUUGAUUGGUUGCAGUUUGUGGACACCAUUGUACUUGAAAGUGUUGUACUAUGAACAGAGCUGAUUUUUACUUGUACUUCUUAUACAAACUCUUUUGUACGA